AUGUGUGUUGAAUUCGAGCUUAAAAAGCUUUCAGAAGAACAAUUCAAAUGCCUAAUAUUUGUGUGUGGAAUAAAGUCCGAGUGUGACGCCGAAGUGCGAACAAGACUGCUAACAAAAAUUGAAGACUGUGCCGACGUCACACUUGGAGCUUUGAUGGAAGAGUGUCAGCGUUUGAUUAACCUAAAAAACGAUACUGCAAUGAUAGAAGCCAGUGCUAGUGGACCAAAAGUACAAGCAGUGAAAAGCAGUCUUAGUUAUCGGAAGCAAUUUAAAAAGCCGAAUGAACAAAGGUGUCCCCAGCCGUCUCAAGGGAACCACAAGAACAGGCCAGCUACUCCAUGCUGGAAGUGUGGUGCCAUGCACUAUUCGAAGUUCUGCGGAUUUCGGAACCACAAAUGUGCCGAUUGUCAUCAGGUGGGUCAUAAGGAAGGGUAUUGCUCAAGCGCCCGACGUUCCCUCAAAUCGGUCAAACAUCGGAAUGGGAAUUUGUCUAUUCAAACCGUUACGCUAGCUGUUAGUAGUAUACAGUGCAAGCGACGAUAUGUGUGGGUCAAAAUAAAUGACGUGCCUGUUCGUCUGCAGCUAGACACAGCAUCAGAUAUUACGAUAAUUUCUGAACAAGUGUGGAUGCAGAUUGGCCAUCCGGCAGCAAAUCCCACCACACAAACAGCCAAAUCUGCAUCUGGUGAGAAGCUAGACCUGUUAUACGAAUUUAUUGGUAAAGUUUCAUUAAAUGGAUGCACCCAAAAUGGCCGUGUAUUCGUGUCGGGAAAUUCACUUAAUCUUCUGGGUAUCGAUUUAAUCGAUAAAUUCAAUCUGUGGUCACUGCCUAUGGACAAAUUUUGUAAUAAAAUAGAAAGUGCUGCUCAGGAUAUAAGUGCUUUGAAACGGGUGUACCCUGAGCUUUUCAGCAAUAAGCUCGGGCUUUGCACAAAAACAAAAAUUGUGCUGUCUUUGAAGGAUGCAAGCAAACCUGUUUUCCGACCCAGGAGACCUGUAGCAUACGCAAUGCAAGCUAUAGUUGACGAAGAGCUUGACCGUUUGGAACGGUUGAAUAUUAUUUCACCUCUGCAGUACUCAGAGUGGGCUGCACCGAUAGUUGUUGUACGAAAGGCAAACGGCACUAUCCGUAUAUGCGGUGAUUACUCAACUGGGCUCAAUGAUCAGCUUCAGUCACAUCAGUACCCGCUUCCGCAGGACAUUUUCUCAAAAUUAGCAGGUUGUACUGUCUUCAGCCAAAUUGAUUUAUCCGAUGCAUUCUUGCAGAUGGAGGUAGAUGAGGAAUGUCGGAAGUUGUUAACCAUCAACACGCACCGGGGACUGUAUCAAUACAAUAGGCUCCCUCCUGGCGUGAAGACAGCUCCAGGCGCCUUCCAGCAGAUGAUCGACACUAUGCUGGCCGGUCUAUCGAAUACGUCGGGAUAUUUAGAUGACGUGAUUGUUGGUGGUAGAGAUGAAAACGAACAUUCACGUAACUUGCACGCAGUACUGCACCGAAUUCAAGAGUACGGAUUCACUAUUCGCCUAGAAAAGUGUGCAUUCGGACAGCAUAAAAUCCGAUACCUAGGGCAUAUGCUAGAUCGCCAAGGCCUUCGGCCAGAUCCAAAUAAGAUCCAAGCUAUUGAAGAUAUGCCUGCUCCCAAGGACCUCACAGGUGCUCGCUCUUUCCUCGGAGCAUUGAACUAUUACGGUAAGUUCGUGCCGAAUAUGAGAACACUGCGCUACCCUUUGGAUGAACUUUUAAAAUCCAGCACAUCUACAUUCAAGUGGACACCAGCAUGCCAGAGUGCAUUUGAAAAAUUUAAAGCAAUUUUGUCGUCAGAGCUCUUACUGACACACUACGAUCCGAUGCAGGAGAUAGUUGUUUCGGCUGAUGCUUCGUCGAUCGGUGUUGGAGCAACAAUUAGCCAUAAGUUCGCAGAUGGCCAAAUGAAGGCAGAGCCACAAUCAUGGCCCAAAUCGACAGCUCCCUGGCAAAGGAUUCACAUCGACUAUGCCGGUCCUUUGGAUGGAGAAUACUACUUAAUCGUUGUUGAUUCAAACACUAAAUGGCCGGAAAUUUUCCCAACGAAACUGAUAACAACGAAGGUAACACUCAGCUUGCUUCAAGAUUUAUUCGCCAACAAAGGAAUACCAGAGAUUCUUGUGUCGGACAACGGCACGCGGUUCAAAAGUUGGGAAUUUGAGGAAUUUUGUUGCCAGAACGGCAUCAGGCACAUAACGACAGCACCUUUCCACCCACAAUCGAAUGGCCAGGCCGAACGGUUCGUGGAUACAUUCAAACGAGCCAUCCGAAAAAUCCAGGAAGGGAAAGGUACGAUCAAGCAGGCUUUAAAUACGUUUCUUCUCACUUACCGAACAACUCCGAAUCCAAAUGUGCCAGAUGGCAAGUCACCAGCAGAAGCUAUGUACGGCAGAUCGAUAAGAACUUCACUCGAAUUGCUGCGACCGCCCCGUAGAUCAGUACCACAACCAGUGUCAGAAUCGCCUGCCUUGCGAACCUUUAAUAAGGAAGAUAAGGUUUUCGCUAAAGUGUAUGCGAGUAAUAAGUGGACUUGGGUGUCCGGAGUCAUAAUGUAA